ACUUCCACGGCUGGCUCUGCAGAGGAUGUAGAGAGCCUGACCAUGGGUGAAGUCCAGAAGGGGCUCCUCUCGGUCAUCCAAAAGCUUAAAGGCUCUGAAGAACAGGAGUUGCGGAUGGUCCUACUCGGGCUGGACAAUGCUGGGAAGACCACUUUGCUAAAGCGUCUGGCAUCAGAAGAGGUCAGCACCAUCACCCCCACACAGGGAUUCAACAUCAAGAGCGUUCACUCUCAUGGCUUCAAGCUUAAUGUUUGGGACAUAGGAGGACAGCGAACCAUCAGGACCUACUGGAAAAAGUAUUUGGGCAGCACGGACAUGCUGAUCUACGUUAUCGACAGCGCUGACCAGAAACGCUUUGAGGAGACUGGACAGGAGUUGUCAGAACUAGUGGAAGAGGAGAAUCUCAUUGGGGUCCCUUUGCUGGUGUUUGCUAACAAGCAAGAUCUAGCAACAGCAUCCCCUGCGGCUGAGAUUGCUGAAGGACUGAACCUGCACACAUAUCGAGACCGGGCAUGGCAAAUCCAAGCUUGCUCAGCCUUAUCUGGUGAAGGAGUUCAGGAUGGGAUGAACUGGAUUUGCAGUCAGAUCACAAGUCGGAAAAAGUGAUAACGCUGAGCGCAGAAAUGGAAUUUCAACUCCACAUAAUUCCCAGAGGCCAUAGACACAGACCUAAUGGUACAAAAGGUACCCAGCAGAACGUAUAACCAGGACUUCACCCAAAAUCCCAGGUUGAGAAAGGAAUGUUCUGAAAUAGCUGACUUGAUCAGCAAACAGCUUUCUCCUCAC